CUCUUGUUGAACCUCUUGUUGACCCUCUUGACGAUAAUCGAGAUCAUGUCUGGAUUUUCUUCACUUCGACUUUUCUCUGGUACAUCUCACCCAGCUCUAGCUCAACAAGUCUCUCGUAGAUUAGGAAUUCCUUUAUCACCUACCACACUCGAUCGUAGACCAUCAGGAGAGAUCUCAGUUUCAAUCAAAGAGAGUGUUCGUCAGGCAGAUGUUUAUAUCCUUGGUACAGCUAGUUCUAUCACUUGUACUACUAAUGCCAGUUUGAUGGAACUUUUAAUCAUGAUUCAUUCUUGCUCGAUUGCGUCCGCUGCUCGAAUCACGGCUGUCAUUCCUCAUUUUCCAUAUGCUCGACAGGAUAAGAAGGAUAAAUCACGAGCACCUAUCACGGCCAAGUUGGUAGCUAACAUGAUUCGAGAAGCAGGAGCUCAUCAUGUCAUAACGAUGGAUCUCCACGCUUCUCAAAUCCAAGGUUUCUUCGAUUGUCCUGUUGACAAUCUUUAUGCCGAACCCACCUUAGUUCAAUACAUCCGAGAGACAUUCGAGGUGGCAAAUGCAGUGAUUGUAUCUCCAGACGCUGGUGGAGCGAAACGAGCUUCCUCUAUUGCGGCCCGACUCGAUCUUGACUUUGCUCUGUUUCACAAAGAGCGGAAGAAAGCCAAUGAAGUCUCUCGAAUGGUUUUGGUUGGUAGCGUGAAAGGCAAGACGGCUAUCUUGGUAGAUGACAUGGCUGAUACCUGUGGUACCAUCUGCCUGGCUGCUAAACAUCUUGAGAAUGCUGGAGCAACGACUGUGAUUGCUCUAGUCACUCACGGUAUCCUCUCAGGUCCUGCAAUCGACAACGUGAAUAACUCUAGCAUCGCUAGUUUAGUAGUCACCAACACCAUCCCUCAACGCGAUCAUCUUGACGCAUGUUCGAAAUUGGUCUGCGUGGAUAUCUCCCAAGUCUUAGCCGAAACUAUCCGACGUAGUCAUUAUGGUGAAUCGAUCUCUUAUCUCUUUGAUGCGAUCCCAUGGUCGGGUGGCGCUACAAUUGAUUACACUACCCAGUCUAGCAACAGCAGUGAGGAAGGUAGUGGAGGCCAAGAAAGAAUCGCAGAGUAGGAGAAAACAACUUUUGGCGCUCAACCUGACUAGGUUUGGGUUUGUUAUAUAGAAAAGCUUUAUAUUGCACAUUCACUGGAUUCUAUCUUUUCUUUAUGUAUGAAGUUCCUAUGGGCAUUGAUCUACACCUUUUUGUUUUCUAUCUAUAUAGGUAAGUUGAAUUGUAAGUUUAAAUGAUCACAAUUGAUUGGCAUUCU